ACUUACUAAAACAUAAAGAAAAAAAAAAUAGCAAGUCAAUUAUAUCACGAUAUAAUGCGAUAGGUCAUCGAUUAUAGAUGAUGAUGAACACUUUAUUUAACGGCGAAUUUCUGCAGAGAAGUUGGACUAAACUUUUUCGGGAUUUUUGCACCCGAAAUUUUUUCAUGCAGGAAUUUUGCGUCAACCUGAUGUUUAUGUCGUUUGGUUACGACUCCGAACAGUUCAAUUACACUCUGAUACCUCUCAUUACAAACCACGACCCAGCUGGAUCCUCGGCGAAGACAUUUCUUCACUACGUUCAAGCAAUUCAGUCAGGAAAAUUUCGCGAGUACGACUACGGUAGCGAGAAAAAUCUGUUGAUGUACAACUCCGUGGAAGCUCCGGAUUACGAUCUAACGAAAAUCACAGUACCGAUCGCUUUGUUCUACGGCAAAAAUGACUUUUUGUGCGACCUCGCUGAUGUGAAGAGGUUGUACAAUUUAUUGCCCAACGUAAUGGAUUUAUAUGAAAUACCGUUGCUCAAUUUUAAUCAUGUGGACUUUAUAUGGGCCAAGGAUGCGCCAAAACUAGUGUACGAAAGAGUUUUCACGAUCAUCAAAGGGAAGAAUCCAAAUAAUGUUACGUCUAUAGAAAAUAAUAAAUAAAAAAAUAAAUAUUCCAUCUCUUAAA